AUGGCCAGAGAUAACAGAAGAACUCCGCAGAGUGUCACAGCGUACUUUUACUACCAAGAUGAGCUAAGCACAGCUCAUGAUCUAAUAUUCAAGGGUGAGAGAGUGGUGAUUCCCAAAGCUAUGAGAAGGGAUAUGCUGGAUCGCAUUCAUUCAUCACAUCUGGGUGAAAAUAGCUGUCUGAAAAGAGCGAGAGAAACCAUAUUCUGGCCAGGAAUAAAAUCAGAUGUGAAAGAUUACAUAAGGAAAUGUGAUGUGUGGCUGUCAAUGGCCACCAAACAGCUGAAGGAACCCAUGUAUCCACAGGGUGCACCCGCCAGACCUUUGGCAAAAGUAGCAGCAGAUCUAUUCGUGCUAGAUUCCAAGAACUACCUGGUGACGGUGGACUAUUUCUCAAAUUUUCUUGAGAUAGAUCAUUUGACCACGACUACUUCACCGGCUGUAAUUCCCAAACUAAAAACACAGUUUGCACGAUUUGGGAUUCCAGAUGAGUUAGUAACAGAUAAUGGCCCACAAUUCGUCUCAGAUGAGUUUCAGAGGUUUGUUUUCAAAUGGGAAUUCAAGCACUCCACGACAUCGUCUCACUACCCGCAAGCCAACGGAAAAGCUGAGAAUGCUGUGAAGAUAGCUAAGGCACUCCUGACGAAGUCGAAGGAAGCGCAAACAGACCCGUAUAUCAGCCUUCUUGCCUUCAGAAAUACGCCUACCCAAGGGUUUGACUCCAGCCCAGUCCAGAGGCUAAUGAACCGCAGGACAAGGACUGCUCUCCCAAUAGAAUCGACCUUGCUAUGUUCAAGGGUACCUACGGGUGUUGGCACUCAGAUGAAGGAGGCGAAACAGAAGCAAGCCUUCUACUAG